AUGAGCUGUCCCAUUGGGCCCACCUUUGACUGGCCCAGCGGGCUUCAGAGAGAAAGGCCUAUGGCGCCCAAGGCCCUACGACCCGUGGGCAGUGAGUGGACGGCGAAUUUGGUGAUGAGCCCACACGCAGCCGGCUUGCUGAUUGGUCGAGGCGGCAAGAAGAUCAAACUGCUGCAAGAGGAUAGUGGCGUUCGAGUUCAAGUACACGAGUUGCCCAAUGGCGAACGUGCCUUGGAGCUUGCAGGACCUCCCGUCGAGUUGCAGGAUGGCCUUGAGCUUCUCAUCGCAGAGUUGGCCCGGAUGCCGGACGCCUUGGCGCCCAAAGCGGCCCAGAUGUUGGUUCCGGAGGAGUUUGCAGAGGACUGUGCUGCGGAGGCGCUGAAAUAUGGCGCUUCAGCAGUCAUGGAUCCCAAAUUUUUACUGCCAGGUGAGAACUUGCUGAUGAUUGAAGGCUCAACAGCAGUUGGUGCGCGGAAGGGCUGCCACAGCCGUGGCGGCUUUUCUGGCGAGGAAGCUGUGGCGCCCCGGCGAAGAACCAAAAAAACGAGUCUUCCGCAGCGAGGCCACGCGUCCCGGGCCUUCCACCAGCGAAUCUGA